UCGUUGUCACACUCAUUCCAUCAUGCCUUUCGGUCUAAUUAUCGGAACUGACCGUGCAUCUGCUCUACAAAAAUCCGUUCAGGAUGAACUCACAGCUCGUAGUUUCAGUGCCGAUGCUGAUCCUGUCAUGGCUGAAUAUAUCACUAUCAUGAUUAUAAACAACAAAACUGCAGCACAAAUAACCUCGGAACUCUUGGAUUUAAUUGGUCCAGAAUUUGAUCCCAGCUUUACAGACUGGCUCUUCGCCGAAGCUGCCAAAGGCGCACCAGAAUCUGAAGCACCGUCUGCUGCAUCUUCAACACCUGUAGAACCACCCAAUGAAUCGAAACCCAUCAUUCCACCCUCCAGCGAGCCUGCGCGCCGCCUACCUAAUGGCCCUCGAGCAGGUGCCCCACUGUAUCAACAAGCCAUCUCUUCCACUCUUGCUUCCACAUCUCAAAAGCGUCUCCGCUCGCCCUCACCGUCUGCUCAUCCAGCAAAGGCUCGACGCACGGACCUACCACCCACCGGUCCACGAGCUAUGCAGAACCCAGUACCCGCACAACGUAGUCUUCUGGACCGCGUCGGCGGUCCAGGACCGGGUCCGCGCUUCCAAGGUGGGAGAGAUGAAGUUCAAGCACGUAUUGACAACAUCACAAAUACCUCGCCCGACCCAAGCGUAAUGAUGGGCUUUCCGAAUGGUAUGGGGAUGCCCGAAAUGGGUGUGGGCAUGGGGAUGCAGGCAAAUCCGAUAAUUCUACAAGAAAUGAUGUACAGUCAAAUGGCUCUCAUGGCGCAGAUGGCGAACUCGAUGGGUAUGCUCAACCCUGGUAUGGGUGUGCCCGGGUUCAACCCAAUGCAGCAAGGUGGAGAUGCAACGAUGUUCAAUGGUGGCCCAGGUGUGAAUGGACAUGGUUUCCAGCAGAAUGGGGUGAAUGGUAGAGGUCGGGGUGGAGCAAGGGGAGGUCGGGGGCGAGGAGGUCCACGGGGUGGUCACAUGGGCUCAUCACCUGCCCCAGCAUCCAUCGAGGAAGUACCCACAGCUGUGUCGGUUCCCACUUCGGUAGUCGCUGAACCUGCGCAGCCCACACCAAUAGCAGCGCCCAUUCCGCUUCCUGCAAGCGCCACGUCAUUCAAUGCACCAUCAAAACUAGCAUACACGUUCCCCGAACGCCCGCAGUCACCUACGCUGUGUAAAUUCGGAAUCAAGUGCACUAACUCGCAGUGCCGGUAUUCCCACCCGUCUCCUGUUGCUACUGCUGAGAGCGGCGUUGUGCUUAGUACCGAAGCAUGCGAGAAAGGCAAGGAUUGCAAAGACAAGGACUGCAUCAAGUCGCAUGUCAGCCCCGCUGUCAAACAUCCUGGUGCAGGCUCAACCCACACCCCAGCAGCACCCACCACCGCUACUGGUCCUCCUCAGCACACCGUCACAUGUCGUUUCGGUGGUGCUUGCACACGCCCAAGUUGCCCGUACCAGCAUCCCCCCAAGACAAAUCACUUCGCGCAACAAUGCCGCUUCGGUUCGGGUUGCACGCGCGCCUCUUGCCCUUUCCAUCACCCAGAAGGGCGGGUUCUCCCGUCUACGUUUCACCGUGGCCUGUCGACGACGGCACCUCUUGUCAACGUGCACGCGCCAGAGACGGGCAGCAUGGGCGGUCAAAGCCAUCACAGGAGUGUCACAUUUAACAAGCCCCAGGAUGUGAAGGAGAAAUUAAAGGACAUUGAGAAGCAGAAGGAGGCUGCAAAGAAGGCGAUUGACGAGGCCAAGGCUGCAGGAGGGAAGAAGGAAGAGACGAAGGCAGUCCCCAUCGCCGUAUGACCAUGGAGAUUUGGUCCGACUGUCCUUUAUUUAGAGAGGGGCGGUGAACGAAACGUUCUCCCGCAGAUGCUCUUUUCCUGCUCUUCAUUAAAUCUCAAACUCGGACACAACCUGCGACUGCUUUUAUUAUUGUAUCGUGCCACUCAUGUAGUAUUUGCGCUGUUUUUUAUAUUUGUGUGUCUGCUGCUCUCCCUUUCAUCCCCAUUGCUAGUUACAUACUAGGUCUUGCAUGGCCGAUUGGGCAGAGGAAUAUGAUAGGCUUUGGUGCGGGCUUGGGGCCCGUGGGUUGACUUCUCUUUCUA